CUGCUCCUGAUCUCCACCUACAAGGUGCGUGAGGAUCAACAGGCGAUCCUCCUGCAGCUCGGCGAGCCCAUCAAGGUGGUGAACCAGUGGGGCACGGACGAGCCGGGGCUGCGCUUCAAGACGCCCUUCGUCCAGAACGUCGAGUAUUUCGAGAAGCGGGUCCUCGACUUCAACGCGCCGGCGGAGGAGAUGAUCCUCGGCGACCAGAAGCGGCUGGUCGUGGACGCCUUCAUCCGCUAUCGGAUCAUCGAUCCCCUGCGCUUCUUCCAGUCCGUCGGCAACGAGGCGGUGGCCCGCGCCAGGCUCGGCGCCAUCCUCAACGCCAGCACGCGGCAGGUGCUGGGCACGGUCGAGCUGAUCACCGUGCUCUCCGGCGAGCGCGCCCAGCUGAUGACCCAGAUCAGGGACCAGGUGAACCGUCAGUCCACCGGCUUCGGCGUCGAUGUGAUUGAUGUGCGCAUCCGCCGCGCCGACCUGCCGGAGGAGAACAGCCAGGCGGUCUAUCAGCGCAUGCAGACCGAGCGCGAGCGCGAGGCGAAGGAGUUCCGGGCCCAGGGUGAGGAAGAGUCGCAGCGCAUCCGCUCGCGCGCCGACCGCGAGCGUGUGGUGCUCCUCGCGGAGGCGGAGCGCGAGUCCCAGAUCCUGCGCGGCGACGGCGACGGCGAAGCGCACCGGAUCUCGCGCGAGGCCUAUGGCCGGGACCCCGAAUUCUACGCCUUCUACCGGGCCAUGCAGGCCUAUCGCGAAGCCCUCGGGGACUCCGAUACCUCGAUGGUGCUGUCGCCGGACAGCGAGUUCUUCCGUUACUUCGGUGAGAUAUCGGGCAACCAGGCACCCACCGCCCCGGCGACGCCUGAGUGA